GUAGUAGUAGUAAAUGUUAGGCAAUAUUCAGAGUAACCUACUUUUGAUGCACCUGCCCAUUGAGAAAGAAUCAGCGGCAGGUCUCAGGGCUAUAUCUACACAAAGGCUGGUGUCUCACUUCUUACUCUAUGGUCUACGUCUGGCCCGAGUUACCAAUAGCUCUGUAAUUACAUUAAGAUGUACAAUAACGUGUGAAUUGGAAUCCUAUGGACAACGGUAAUAUGCUACUUUUCCUUUCAGACUGCAAUCAGAAUGGAGAAGGAUUUCCUCAAAGGUGAAUUCAAGCGUGCUGUCUUUGUCCUGGCAACUGUAGGAAUAAUCAUCUUAUUGACGGUAGCCAGGACUCACAAGCCAGGGACAUUUUAUCUGCCAGCGAUAGAAACCUACUACAAACAUGGUACAUGUCCAAGUGUACUCGAAUAUAUGGUGGCUGGUUCGUGGGCAACACGUCCUAUCACACAGAAAGAGGAAGAUGAGAUUGAAGCCUUUUUACUACAAGGUCUCUACGCUGUAAACGGAAGUAAUAAUUUCGAACUGACGGACAAAAGAUGCGGGAACCUAGGCUACUAUCCAUGGAAGUCAAGUGAGAGAAUGGCAGACUGGACAAGGGCAUUAUGUAACCCAAGGGGAAGUAACCCUUGUUGUUAUAACAACACGUGUCAGAUGAAAACAGUUGAAGAAUGUGUCUGUACAGACUGCUAUGACCUUCGACCUCAGUUACAUGCUGAAUAUUCGAAAUGGAUUCCUAACGAUAGCAGAUGUCAAGUGAAAACCUUCUCACCCAACGCUGCCUGUGAGCUCCUCCGGGGAGGCACCUAUCACUUCUAUGGGGACUCCAUUGUCAGAAUGGUGUUUCUUGCCCUCAUCAUCAUACUCAAGGGAGACAAUCAAUAUGGCGGACUUCCACCCGAUGCACCUGCAGACAUUAAGAAAAAAUGUUCUGGGGUGUAUGUUUUUCCAACCCGUAACUGUCGAGCGUAUUUGGACUACACUCCGAAACUCUGCAACGGGACGGUAACAGUGCUUUUCCGUCAUUAUCCACAGAGUAACGACGUUCCUAAGAUGAGGCAAGAUGUCAAACUGGUUCUUGGAAAACCAAAGUCUAUUAUCUUUUUUGGCGCUGGCUCAUGGCAGCAAUUUGAUCGCCGAGCUAUGAAGAAAUAUUCAAUGGCUGUAAUCACCUCACUUAAGAAUGAAACCUGGCCAAAGUUGAUAUGGUCAGGUUUUCAUUAUUUCGGUCUCUGGCAUAGACAAGUUGUAUCAACUUCAGACAAUGAACACGCUGAACUCUUCAACAGAUAUAUGGAGGACCUGGUGGGAGGGUUCAAUAUACCCGUGUUUGAUACGUUCAACAUGACUAAAGGAGUGAGGAGUGUGGAUGGCGUGCACUACGGCCCUGGGGUCAACUUUGUUAAAGCUCAGAUAUUCUUGAAUUAUAUUUUAGAAUUACAACGUCACGCAAUAUGGACUUGAUACAUAUGUUGUACGCAUGCCUCGAGUAUUCGAGUCUUAGUGUUUUUCGAGUUAUAAGAAGCUCAAAGUUACACUGCAAAGACGAAAACGUCGUUUCUGUCCGUACAUAGUCAUGGUCACGCUUUCAAACCAUCGUUUUUCCGGCCAAAUAAUGUUGUUAUUUGUCAUCGGAAUUUACUAGGCGAGAACGAUAUCAUCAAGCAGCUGCGUCUACCGGUAUUCUACCUUUGAAAUCCAUGCUCAGUUCUCACGUGUCAUAUUACAGGCCGGAGGUUGAAUCUGUACUCGUAGCUCUUAAUUGAAGUGCUGAAUUGAAUCGUUCUGCCCGUGCGAUUGUUUAGUGCCUUGUUCAAAUUUUCCGUUCAGUGCAUGUGCGAUUUUGCUUAUUGUUUUCUAGAUUUUAGGUCACCACUAUUUGACAGUGAUUAAUAAACACAAUCUCAUGAUAAGGUCGGAGUCGUACAAUCUCGCUUUUAUUUAUGACAUGUACUUGAUCGGCAGGCAUUUUAUAUUAAUUAGUGCAAUGAUAACGGUAAGCAUUUUAGUCACAAUAUUUAGGAGAGCGCAAGGCUCAGGAACAGCUGAGUAUAGGAAAAGGAUAAAAACUUA